AAAAUCGUGAUUCUGAAAAAAAAAAUCCUUGAACCGAGUCGAAGUAAAAAUUCUUCUCAGACAAAAUGUCUUGUUCCGUGUGUGGGAUUGAAAGAUCAUAUCUUACACAACAUCUCUGUUUUCAUCGAUUACCUAAGAAUGCAGACAUAAGGAAGAAAUGGUUGGAUGUCUUGCAAAAAGGAGAUGUGAAACGUCUUCUUGUUUGCAGUAAUCAUUUCAGACCGGAGGAUUAUCGACAAUUUUCUGUAAAACCUUUAUUGAAACCUGAUGCUGUACCACGUCGAGAGCUUGUGGAAUUAUUUCUGCGGGGGAAGCCAACAAAGAAAAGUCAACAUGCUGCAUUGGUCGAAGCAUUUAAUUGGGACACUGUGGCCGAUGAACAUAAUUAUUAUUGUAUGGACAAACCAAAAGCAAAGGGAUCAGUCCCUGUCUAUGUUAAUGAGGUAGAAAUAGCACAUGAGAAAUCCGGUGUUGCUGAGGAACAUGUUCAAUACGAGGAAUUUAAUCCUGGAAGUCCAGACUAUGACGGAUUCGAUCCUGAAAGCCCGGAUGAUUGUAAAGAGUCAAUUGAUGUCAAUGAUGCUAAAAAGACACCACUUGAGACAAAUGAUAAUAGCAUUGAGUUUGUGGAUGUAAAUUCCUGUAAAAUCGAUCCCGAUGUUGAGAGGGAAACUUCUGAGCAAGACGAUAAUUCUGAUUACGAGGAAUUAUUGAAAAAUCUGUAUGGGAAUCAAGUGCUUCGAGACGCUUCGAAUGUAACAUGUUCAGAAACUAUAGCCGAUGCGUUCUUGAAAAGGAAAUCGAAUUCUGAGCCUGAACGCACCAUUUCAGCCCAGCGAAGAUGUAUAGGUAAAAACAAAGUAUUUCGUCGUGACGAUUUUGCAAACGACGCGUCAUGGCAUCGAUUCUUGAAUUAUUAUGAGAGCAGGAGAAAGGAGAUUUCGUCACUUAAACAGAAAAAUGACCGGUUGAAUAAUAAAGUUACCAUGUACAAAAACAUGGUUGAGCAUAUGAUGAAGAAAAACCGCUGUAAUGUAGAUGUGUAAAAAGGCAAAAUAGUUUGCGAGAGGCUGUGUUUUAAAAUAAAAUUUUGCAUUCAUGUGUUCAUA